UGGAUGGACGAGGUUCAGUGCAAGGGAAGUGAACUAUUCCUGUGGGACUGCCAAUUGUCAGCAAUGGGAGAUCAUGACUGUGAACAUAAAGAGGACGUCAACGUGAUCUGUUCCGGCCAUCAGAAGCACACAACACCCUUCAACCAGCAGAGGGCCUCUAUCUUCAUCAUCCCUUGCGUAUUUGUUGUCCUUUUGAUUGCUGUUUCACUUGCUUUGGCCGCAGAAUUGCAGAGAAGCUUCGAGAAAGCCAACAGGAACAGACAACAUUACAGCACUGGACUUCCUGAUCAUGUUUAUGAAGAGAUUGAAGUUCAGGACCUUGGAACAGAGACAAAUUCGCUUACUCUUUUCGGUAAUGAAUUUGAAAGACAAUUUGAUGAUAUUCAAUAAUUUGAAACAGAUUACGAAGAACUACCACCACUUCAACUUCUUCCGGGACAUUAUCAUUAGUUUCGAUUUCCCAUUUAUUUUAACCAAUUUGUGAUAAUGAAAAUGAAAACUUUAAUGUUGCUUAUUUAGAAAUCAUCAACAAAGGAAAUGUUGCAGUCAAAAUUUCGCUGAAAUAAAAUGGAGCACUAAUUUGCUGUGAGGAGAAUAGUAAAUUACAACAUGUUUUGGAGUCAGUUGCCAAAUUGAAGUUAAAAAUAUUUCACCGGGACUGAUUUUAUUGUGGUAUAAUGUUGAAUGUUGCAGUUAUCAAUGUUGAGCAUUUGUGUCAAAAUUUUGUAAUCAUGGAAAUCUGGAACUUUUCUUAUUCCAGUUAUGUGCUUCAAAUAUUGACGUUAGGCUACACUUUAUUAGUUAUCCUUAGAUAGUGGUUUAUGUGAAAAUGACUGUCCUGAUGUUGUUUUAUGAAAUGAAGAGAGGGAUAACUUAUCUGUUAAUGGCAUAAUAAGUGCAGAGCAUUUCAAAAUAAA